AUGUACGAGCUCUGCCGGAAAUAUGACAUACCGCACCGCAACACAGGCAAAUGGAUCGUCGCCCAAGACGAAACACAGAUGGAAGCGCUCCAAAAGAUCCACAGCUUCGCCUCCACCAUCGGCGUGCCCACGCGUUUCCUCUCCAAGGAAGAAGCCAAGCGUCGAGAACCAGAUGUCCGCGCCGCCGCCGGGGUUCUUGAAAGUCCAUCUACAGGAAUCGUGGACUCACAUAGCCUCAUGCAGUAUCUCGAAGGCGAUUUCGAGUUCCACGGCGGACUCUGCGCCUUCCACUCCCCCGUCACUUCCAUCAGACCGAUAACCUCCGGCGAGGAUGGAUGGGAAAUCACCACACAGUCUCCCGAUGGUGCAAUCAGCACCAUCAGCUCCUCCACCCUCAUCAACGGCGCAGGCCUAUUCGCAGUCGCCAUAUCCAACAUGAUCCUCCCCCAAGACAGACAGCUAACUCCCUUCUACGCAAAAGGCUCCUACUUCUCCUACGCUGCCAGCCACCCCCGUCCCAAAACCCUCAUCUACCCUGCCCCCAUUCCCGGCCACGGCGGCCUAGGCACCCACCUCACCCUCGACUUGAGCGGGCGGAUCCGCUUCGGACCCGAUGUAGAAUGGACAGACAGCCCCACAGACUACACACCCAACACGGCCAACCUCGACGCCGCCAUCAAAGACAUACAGACCUACCUCCCCCACGUGGACGGCAGCGCCAUUUUCCCAGACUACGUGGGUAUACGGCCGAAGCUGGGCAGGCUGGCUGCGACCAGCGGCAAGGACUUUCAGGAUUUUGUGGUGCGCGCGGAGGAGGGGCACACGGGAUUUGUCAACCUGUUGGCGAUUGAAAGUCCUGGGCUUACGAGUUGUUUGGCGAUUGCGGAGGAGGUUGAGGGGCUGUUGUAUGGGGGUGCGAGGAGCUAG